AUGUCGACCCCCCCGCGGCCCCCGUGGCACUCCCGCGGCGUGAUGGCCGACCGUCCUCGCCCGGGGAAGCCUUCGGACACCUGUGAGACUCCCGAAGGCUCCCGUGGCGCCCGCGCGCUCCCGUGGGCCCGCCGCUGCCGCCGGGGAGCGGGAGGCUUCCGCGCCCGCUGGGCUGGUGGCCGCCCGUCCGCGUCCUCAUCCAUGUUUUUAUACAACACCCCCGACACACCGACUUCCCCAACCCCGACCUCCCCGACUUCCCCUACACCCCCUCCCCCCCGACACCCCGACUUCCCCACAUCCCCGACAUCCCAGACUUCCCCACACCCCCGACACACCCGACUUCCCCCAAACCCCGACUUUCCCCACCCCGUCCCGACACCCCGACACCCCGACUUCCCCAACAUCCCCGACAUCCCAGACAACCCCGACACCCCCGGCAUCCCCGACUUCCUCGCCCGCCAAGGCUCUCGCGACGAAUCAAAACGAUUGCAGACGAUGGCCAGCGAGCGCGGAGGCCGGUCGGGUCCCUAA